AUGUCCUCGUCACCCGAAUUCACCUCCUCAUCCACCACUACCUCUCACGUCGCCGCCGAUGAACCUCCAACCUGGCGCCCCCCACGACCAACAACAACAACAACAACACCACCACCAACACCACCCGCAGCCGAAAACAUGACCUUUAACUCACCACCCCUCGACGUCUCCAACUACCCCGGCGGCAAAAAGUCCCUGGCUGGCAUCUCCCUGCGCGCCUUUCUCAUUGGAACCACCCUCGGGCUCUCAGCAUCGCUGACGCUCACGCUGCGCCUCUUCUCCGCCACGCCCCUCUGGCGCGUCCCCUUCUUCCUCGCCUCGCUCUGCGUCUUCCACUUCCUCGAAUACCACGUCACGGCCGCCCACAACACCCGACACGCCUCGGUCUCCGCCUUCCUCCUCUCCUCCAACGGCUGGGCCUACAACCUGGCCCACACCUCCGCCGCCCUCGAAUGCCUCCUCGCAUACUUCUUCUGGCCCCGCGACAGCUACUUCACCUGGUCCGGCCCCAUCGCCGCCCUUGGCGGCCUCAAGAUCCAGCUCGUUCUGGGCCUCCUCUUCAUGGCCGUCGGCCAGACGAUCCGCACGCUCGCCAUGGCCCAGGCGGGGAGUAACUUCAACCACACGGUCCAGGUGGAACGCAAGCACGGACACAUGCUGGUCACGCACGGCGUGUACGCUCUGCUGCGCCAUCCCAGCUACUUCGGGUUCUUUUGGUGGGGACUCGGCACCCAGAUGGUCCUCGGCAAUGUGGUCUGCUUCGUGGGGUAUUUUGUCGUCUUGUGGAAGUUCUUUCAUAGUCGCAUUCGGAGAGAGGAACGAUUCCUGAUUGCAUUCUUCGGGGACGAAUACGUACAGUAUAAGAAGAGGUCGAUGGUAGGGAUCCCUGGGAUAUGGUGA